AUGACUAUAUUGACAGAUCCUUUUUUCAGGCCGUUGCUUGAGAUCGUACAAUCCUCGCGGAAUGGAGUCGUUUAUGGCGGUAAGAUAAGGUUCUCCCAUGCUUUAGUGAUAAACUUACUAUACCGCUCAGGCCCCUUGGUGCCCAGGCUAAAGCAGGUAUUCAAGGCAACAAAAGACCACUCGGCUGUUUUGGCAGCUUUUGCAACCAUAUACAAAACCGUGGUCAACUUGUUAAAGAAGGAACAACUCCUAAGCCGCAGGCCCAGUUUUGUCAAGUUUGUUGCUGGGGCCGUGGCUGGAUGGGUGGUGUAUUCUCAACAUUUUGGGUACUUCAACCCAGGAAUAACUCACCAAAUCACGCUCUACUGCUUUUCGCGAGUCUUGGUGGCUGCGUGCAAGAUCUUUCUUGAUCUUUAUUUACAGUGUCGUCAGCCCAUGUUCACUGUGAAAGGCGAAGCCAAAAACUACGCAGAUUUGACUCCCAACCAAUCAAAAAGGUACAAAGCAAAAGUAUACAACAAGACCUGGAAAUAUUUUGCUGUGCUCACGUGGGCCCUUGUCAUGUUUAUAUACGACUAUCAGCCUGAAUAUUUGCAGUCUUCAUUGAGGCAUUCCAUGGCAUAUAUAUACGAUGUUGAGAUGGACACAUGGGCUUCCUGGAAAGAGUUCUUAGGAAUCCACCGUCUUAUAUAG